CUGAUUGGCUAGCAGGAGGUGCUCUCGCAGUGGCUCAGCCCUCGUGUCAGUAGACUGUCUGUGUGUGGCACAGGGUUGCAUUGCUGGACGAAGGGGAAAUGCUCGAGCAGCGAAGAAGUACAACGUUACACUUUUAAACGUUCCAAACCUCGUCAAAUUCGGAAGUAUAUUUUUGCCAGUGUUUUCUGGGGAUUACACGAACAUUUUUUCCCGCGCCGUGGAGUUUGGCGUCUCUUUAUUUCUUUGCUUCGGAGAAGCUGAUCUCUCACCGAGUAAAGCGAGCGGACUAGAGAUGUUCGCCACCGUUCGCGUCCACCAGGAACCAUAUCUUUCUCUCAGAUAUUGAAGCGGUGAUUAACAUUUCAGAAGUUACUGGAAGCGUGGAAGCAAUUCGGCAGCUCGGACGCACAAAGACAGCGGCAGAGAUCUGAGAGGAUUUUUGCCCCCAGCGUCCAGUGGGCUUCGUGUCCGGCUGAUUUUUACAGUACAGUGGCGUGCCAGUGGACACCCCCCACCAAAUAGACCUCCAAUAAAUAAAGGAUACAUUUCAAGAUGUAUCCACAGGGCCGGCAUCCGGCGCCCCACCAGCCUGGUCAGCCAGGCUUCAAAUUCACAGUGGCGGAGUCCUGUGACAGGAUCAAAGACGAAUUUCAGUUCCUGCAAGCCCAGUAUCACAGUCUUAAAGUGGAGUACGACAAGCUGGCCAAUGAGAAGACAGAGAUGCAGCGCCAUUAUGUCAUGUACUAUGAGAUGUCCUAUGGGCUGAACAUUGAAAUGCACAAACAGACCGAGAUUGCCAAAAGGCUCAAUGCGAUUCUAGCCCAGAUUAUGCCUUUUCUGUCACAAGAGCACCAACAGCAGGUAGCACAAGCUGUUGAACGUGCAAAGCAAGUGACAAUGACCGAACUGAAUGCUAUCAUCGGGGUACGUGGACUUCCCAAUCUGCCUCUCACCCAGCAGCUCCAGGCCCAGCACCUCUCUCACGCUGCCCACGGCCCUGUGGCUUUACCUCCCCACCCUUCUGGCCUUCAGCCACCAGGAAUCCCGCCGGUCACCGGCUCUGGCUCGGGCCUGCUGGCUCUGGGAGCCCUGGGAAGUCAGCCACACUUGCCAGUGAAGGAUGAAAAAAACCACCAUGACCUGGAGCACAGAGAGAGCACGAACAACUCAAUUUCUCCAUCAGACAGCCUGCGCACAACCAGCGAGAAACACCGCGGCUCCUCCGACUAUAGCUUGGAUUCCAAGAAACGCAAAGUGGAAGACAAAGACAGCAUGAGCCGAUAUGACAGUGACGGAGACAAAAGCGAUGAUCUGGUUGUUGAUGUUUCCAACGAGGACCCUGCCACGCCCAGAGGAAGCCCUGCCCACUCCCCUCCUGAGAAUGGCAUAGAUAAGCCCCGCCCAGCAAAGAAGGACACGCCCAACAGCCCCGCCUCUGUGGCCUCCUCCGGCAGCACCCCCUCCUCUAAAAACAAGGAGCACGGCCAUAAUGACAAAUCCUCCACGCCUGGUCUCAAGUCCAACACCCCCACGCCUCGUAACGACGCCCCCACCCCGGGUACCAGCACCACCCCCGGGCUGCGGCCCAUCCUAGGCAAGCCUCCAAUGGAAGCUCUCGCCGCCCCUGCUCUGCGCACACCCCUGUCUUACCCAACUCCCUUUGCCAUGAUGAGCCACCAUGAGAUGAAUGGUUCUCUGACCAGCCCUGGAGUUUACGCCGGCCUUCACAUCUCUCCUCAAAUGAGUGCAGCCGCAGCCGCUGCCUACGGACGCUCGCCUAUGGCGGGUUUCGAGCAUCCUCAUAUGAGAGGUCCCGGCCUCCCUGCCAGCCUCACCUCAAUCUCUGGAGGGAAACCAGCCUACUCUUUUCACGUCAGCGCUGAUGGACAGAUGCAACCUGUGCCCUUCCCUCCAGACGCUCUAAUUGGUCCAGGGAUCCCACGUCAUGCCCGUCAGAUCAACACACUUAGUCAUGGAGAGGUGGUGUGUGCUGUGACUAUAAGCAAUCCCACUCGCCACGUAUACACUGGUGGCAAGGGCUGUGUUAAGAUUUGGGACAUCAGUCAGCCUGGAAGCAAGAGUCCAGUGUCUCAGCUAGAUUGCCUGAACCGGGACAACUACAUUCGGUCCUGUAAGCUGUUGCCUGAUGGCCGCACUCUUAUCGUCGGAGGGGAAGCCAGCACUCUUACCAUUUGGGACCUCGCCUCCCAGACACCCCGCAUCAAAGCCGAGCUCACCUCUUCUGCACCGGCCUGCUACGCGUUGGCCAUCAGCCCCGAUGCUAAGGUGUGCUUCUCCUGCUGCAGCGAUGGAAACAUCGCUGUUUGGGACCUCCACAACCAGACUCUUGUCAGGCAAUUCCAAGGCCACACAGAUGGUGCCAGCUGCAUUGACAUCUCUCACGAUGGCACCAAGCUCUGGACGGGUGGCCUUGACAACACAGUCCGCUCCUGGGACCUGAGGGAGGGACGGCAACUCCAACAGCAUGACUUCACAUCUCAGAUCUUUUCCCUGGGCUACUGUCCUACGGGCGAGUGGCUGGCUGUCGGCAUGGAAAGCAGCAAUGUGGAGGUUCUCCACCACACCAAACCUGACAAGUACCAGCUGCACCUUCACGAGAGCUGCGUUCUCUCUCUCAAGUUUGCCUACUGUGGUAAAUGGUUCGUGAGCACUGGGAAGGACAAUCUGUUGAAUGCAUGGAGGACUCCCUACGGCGCCAGCAUAUUCCAGUCAAAGGAAUCAUCCUCAGUCCUGAGCUGUGACAUAUCAGCCGAUGACAAGUACAUUGUUACAGGCUCUGGAGACAAGAAGGCUACGGUGUAUGAAGUGAUCUACUAGACUGAGAGGUAACAGACUGGAGCAGCUCAGGCCUCUGGAGGAGGAAGGGGGGACACACAACUUCUCACUCCAGUGACUCUCCUAGUCAAACAGACAGGAACAGCCCUUGUCUGUCUGUCUGACUGUCUGUCUCACACUCACUGACUUUUAACUGACUGACCACAGACGUGGAAGAGUGGACGCUGGGAUGAUCUGGACUUGGACACAAACGUGCAGCCCGACAGAGCCCACACACUCAGCCCAGUUCGUAUGGCACUAGAAAACACUCGAUGUUUCCUUCCUUGCUGUUUUUUUUGCUUCAAGUCUUUCUUUGUUGGAUUUUGGUUCUGUUUUUUUCCUCACUAUGCAGUGAGAACGUUCCAUAAUGCAUCGUGAAGCAGCGCUUCGUUCUGAAACUUCAUCUGUGUGGAGGGUAUGUGAAAAGUGUACAUAAUGGAGUAUUAAAAUGCCUUUUAUAGAUUUAUAUUUUGGUGUCCUGUUACACUUGUGAUGGUUCUCUUUCUCUCUCUCGCUCUCAUUCUCUCCUCGAUGCUUCGUUUCCCCUUCGAGGUUUGGAAAUUAGAUUAAGACGUUUUUUCUAUGAGGAUAUUCUAUUCCGUUUUUCCCCCCCCCUUUGAGAAGUUCAUUUUCCAAGCUGACCUUUUAUGGAAAUCUAAUUUACUUUUUCCCUCCCUCCUGAAAAACAAUUUUGAGCUAAAUCGCAUUACAGAGGCGUUUUUGUAAAAUGUCCUGUGGAAUUUUUUUUUUUUUUUUUGUUUUU